AGUUCAGAAGAAGUAAUAGUUAAUGGCUUAUUUCUCAUGGGUCACGUGGUUUCCUCGUUGUGAGUGCUGCAAGAGAGUCUCUUUUCCGAGGCCAACUCAAGUUUCCAGGCUUUUCCAGCGUUCUCUGUUGAAAAGAUCCUCGAAACGAUACCAAUUAUGCAGAACAUCAAGUUACCUGUCGUCCUUGUGUUGCUCUACAAGGUCGUCCCUUUCCAUAAAAGACAACAGAGUCUGCUUCUUAGUAGCUGACGUGAAUACCUUGUCAAGAAGCACAAAAAACGAACCAGUUUCUAGUUUGCUUGAAGGUCUCUCUAUUGUAAAGAAAAACUUUGGAAGAUUUCACUAUUUCGUAAUUUCCGAAGAUAGCCUACAGGAGGUUGAAGGACAUAUUUCUGAGUCUUUUGCAAAGGAGUUGAAGCCAGAGGUUAUCAUCACGUUUGGAGGAGCACAAAUAUUUCAACUUGGCUUCAGAGAACCUGAUCCGUCUUGGGAGGAACAGGUCAUGAAGGAGUGGGAGCCAAAACCAGUUCAAAGUCUUAUUGAGUCGACACUGAAAGAGGCUAAAAUUGGCUACUUGGAAUGCAGGAAAAUAUAUUCUUCUGAAUUUCCGUUAAGUUCUAUGCCGAAGAUUCCUUUGGUUCUUCAGUACACUUUGUCAGAGGACAUCGAAACUGGCCAAGAGACUCUCAUUAGUUUGCUUUUACAGAAACUGAGAGAAAAUGGCUUAAAGGCAAGUAUUAGACGAGGAAGUCACGAGAGAUCUCUCGAUAUUGCUCCGUCAACUGUCACAAGUAUAGGCGCCUUCGAGUUUAUCUGUUCCAUGUUAAAUAUCGAUGAAGACAGUAGAGUGGUGUUGCUAUUGGGUGAUAGUCCUUCAAUACACUAUAUGAAGAAGCAUCUGAAGGCAAGCAUACUGUGCCAUUCUUUUAACGAACUUGAGAGUGUCCUGUCUAGUUGGACCCCACUGUUGGAACAACUAGAAUAAGUUUAUUACGAGUUGGCACAGAUUUGGUAGAAAAAACAAAGCUAUAAUUCUCAUAAAAAGUUGCAAUGUGAAAAUGCAACUUGAAAUGUUCCAAACUUUAUACAUUUUGCAACAUCUUUUCUAGAUGAAAAUCUGUCUUU